GGGUGUAGGAAGAGGAGAAGCAGAGGGAGGAGUUGCCGCCACCGCCACGGCCGCAGCCACCGGCGCUACUGUGACUUCUCCUGGUGUGUGAGCUUGGAGCCUGCGCGCGUGGAUUUGUCGCUGCCAUGGGCUGCGUAGCUCCAGAGGUCUAACCAUAGGACAGAAAAACCAGAGUCUCCCAAGAAGAGAAAAGAAAUGGUCCGUGUAUGUUUUUUCAUCUUUACAGAAUGUAAAGAAAUCAAAAUGGAUCCAAGUGUGGGUGUGAAUUCUAUCACCAUCUCUGUUGAGGGGAUGACAUGUAGUUCCUGUGUUUGGACCAUUGAGCAGCAGAUUGGAAAACUGAAUGGUGUACAUCACAUUAAAGUUUCACUGGAAGAAAAAAAUGCAACUAUUAUUUAUGACCCUAAACUACAGACUCCAAAGACCCUACAGGAAGCUAUUGAUGACAUGGGCUUUGAUACUAUUCUCCACAAUCCUAACCCUAUCCCUGUUUUAACUGACACCGUGUUUCUAACUGUUACUGCUUCACUGGCCCCACCAUGGGACCAUAUCCAAAGUACAUUGCUCAAGACCAAGGGUGUGACAGACAUUAAAAUUUCCCCUCAGCAAAGAACUGCAGUGGUGACAAUAAUCCCUUCUAUAGUGACUGCCAAUCAGAUAAUAGAGCUGGUUCCGGAUCUCAGUUUAGAUAUUGGAACUCUGGAGAAGAAGUCAGGAACUUGCGAAGAUUACAGUAUGGCUCAACCAGGUGAAGUCGUGCUGAAGAUGAAAGUGGAAGGGAUGACUUGCCAUUCAUGCACCAGCACCAUUGAAGGAAAAAUUGGGAAACUGCAAGGUGUUCAGCGAAUUAAAGUCUCCCUGGACAACCAAGAAGCUACUAUUGUUUAUCAACCUCAUCUUAUCACAGUAGAGGAAAUAAAAAAGCAGAUUGAAGCUGCGGGCUUUCCAGCAUUCAUCAAAAAACAGCCCAAGUUCCUCAAAUUGGGAGCUAUUGAUAUAGAACGUCUAAAGAAGACACCAGUCAAAUCCUCAGAAAGACCACAGCAAAGGAGUCCAUCAUAUACCAGUGAUUCAACAGUCACUUUCAUCGUAGAUGGCAUGCAUUGUAAAUCAUGUGUGUCAAAUAUAGAAAGUGCUUUAUCUACACUCCAGUAUGUAAGCAGCAUAGUAGUUUCUUUAGAGAAUAGGUCUGCCAUAGUCAAGUACAAUGCAAGCUUAGUCACUCCAGAAACCCUGAGAAAAGCAAUAGAGGCUAUAUCACCAGGGCAAUAUAGAGUUAAUAUUACAAGUGAAGUUGAGAGUACCUCAAACUCUCCCUCCAGCUCAUCUCUUCAAAAGAUUCCUUUGAACAUAGUUAGCCAGCCUCUCACUCAAGAAACCGUGAUAAACAUUGAUGGCAUGACUUGUAAUUCUUGUGUGCAGUCUAUUGAGGGUGUCAUAUCAAAAAAGGCAGGUGUAAAAUCCAUACGAGUAUCCCUUUCAAAUGGCAAUGGGACUGUUGAGUAUGAUCCUCUGCUAACCUCUCCAGAAACAUUGAGAAAAGCAAUAGAAGACAUGGGAUUUGAUGCUACAUUGUCAGGAAUAUAUUCUGUACUUGUGGCUCUGAUGGCUGGCAAGGCAGAAGUAAGAUAUAAUCCUGCUGUUAUACAACCCCUGAUGAUAGCCGAGUUCAUCCGAGAGCUUGGAUUUGGAGCCGCUGUAAUAGAAAAUGCUGAUGAAGGAGAUGGUGUUUUGGAACUUGUUGUGAGAGGAAUGACGUGUGCCUCCUGUGUUCAUAAAAUAGAGUCUACCCUCACAAAACACAGAGGGAUCUACUACUGCUCUGUGGCCCUGGCAACUAACAAAGCACAUGUUAAAUAUGAUCCAGAAAUUAUUGGACCCAGAGAUAUUAUCCAUACAAUUGAGAGCUUAGGUUUUACAGCUUCUUUGGUCAAGAAGGAUCGGUCAGCAAGCCACCUAGACCAUAAACGAGAAAUAAGACAAUGGAGACGGUCCUUCCUUGUGAGCCUAUUUUUCUGUAUUCCUGUAAUGGGGCUGAUGAUAUAUAUGAUGGUUAUGGACCACCACCUUGCAACUCUUCACCAUAAUCAGAACAUAAGCCAAGAAGAAAUGAUCUACAGUCAUUCUUCCAUGUUCCUGGAGCGCCAGAUCCUGCCAGGAUUGUCCAUUAUGAAUUUGCUAUCCUUUUUAUUGUGUGUACCUGUACAGUUUUUCGGAGGCUGGUACUUCUACAUUCAGGCCUACAAAGCACUGAAGCAUAAGACUGCAAAUAUGGAUGUACUGAUUGUGCUGGCAACCACCAUUGCAUUUGCCUACUCUUUGGUUAUUCUUCUGGUUGCAAUGUAUGAGAGAGCCACAGUGAACCCUAUUACUUUCUUUGACACACCUCCUAUGCUAUUGGUGUUUAUUGCACUAGGCCGGUGGCUGGAACAUAUAGCAAAGGGCAAAACAUCAGAGGCUCUUGCUAAGCUAAUUUCACUACAAGCUACUGAAGCAACUAUUGUAACUCUUGACUCUGAUAAUAUCCUCUUGAGUGAAGAACAAGUGGAUGUGGAACUUGUACAACGUGGAGACAUCAUUAAAGUAGUUCCAGGAGGCAAAUUUCCAGUGGAUGGUCGUGUUAUUGAAGGACAUUCUAUGGUAGAUGAGUCCCUCAUCACAGGGGAGGCAAUGCCUGUGGCCAAGAAACCUGGCAGCACAGUGAUUGCUGGUUCCAUUAACCAGAAUGGGUCACUACUUAUCCGUGCAACCCAUGUUGGAGCAGACACAACCCUUUCUCAAAUUGUCAGACUUGUGGAGGAGGCACAAACAUCAAAGGCUCCUAUCCAGCAGUUUGCAGACAAACUCAGUGGCUACUUUGUUCCUUUUAUUGUUAUUGUUUCCAUUGCUACCCUUUUGGUUUGGAUUAUAAUUGGAUUUCUGAAUUUUGAAAUUGUGGAAGCCUACUUUCCUGGCUACAACAGAAGUAUCUCCCGAACAGAAACAAUAAUACGCUUUGCUUUCCAAGCCUCUAUCACAGUUCUGUGCAUUGCAUGCCCCUGUUCACUGGGACUGGCCACUCCAACUGCUGUGAUGGUGGGUACAGGAGUAGGUGCUCAAAAUGGCAUACUAAUCAAAGGUGGAGAGCCACUGGAGAUGGCUCAUAAGGUAAAGGUAGUGGUAUUUGAUAAGACUGGAACCAUUACCCAUGGAACCCCAGUAGUGAAUCAAGUAAAGGUUCUAGUGGAAAGUAACAGAAUAUCACGCAAUAAGAUCCUGGCCAUUGUGGGAACUGCUGAAAGUAACAGUGAACACCCUCUAGGAGCAGCCAUAACCAAAUACUGCAAGAAGGAGCUGGACACUGAAACCUUGGGUACAUGCACAGAUUUCCAGGUUGUGCCAGGCUGUGGUAUUAGCUGUAAAGUCACCAAUAUUGAAGGCUUGCUACAUAAGAAUAACUGGAAGACAGAGGAAAAUAAUAUUAAAAAUGCAUCUCUGGUUCAAAUUGAUGCAAGUAAUGAACAGCCAUCCACUUCGUCUUCCAUGAUUAUUGAUGCCCAGUUCUCAAAUUCUCUUAAUGCUCAGCAGUACAAAGUCCUCAUUGGUAACCGGGAGUGGAUGAUUAGAAAUGGUCUUCUCAUUAAUAACGAUGUAGAUGAGUCCAUGAAUGAACACGAGAGAAAAGGUCGUACUGCUGUAUUAGUGGCAGUUGAUGAUGAGCUGUGUGGCUUGAUAGCUAUUGCUGACACAGUGAAGCCUGAAGCAGAAUUGGCUGUCCAUAUUCUGAAAUCUAUGGGCUUAGAAGUAGUUCUGAUGACUGGAGACAACAGUAAAACAGCUAGGUCUAUUGCUUCUCAGGUUGGCAUCACUAAGGUGUUUGCUGAAGUUCUACCUUCACACAAGGUUGCUAAGGUGAAGCAACUUCAAGAGGAGGGGAAACGGGUAGCAAUGGUAGGAGAUGGAAUCAAUGACUCUCCAGCUCUGGCGAUGGCUAAUGUUGGAAUUGCCAUUGGCACGGGCACAGAUGUAGCCAUUGAAGCAGCCGAUGUGGUUUUGAUAAGGAAUGAUCUUCUGGAUGUAGUGGCAAGUAUUGACUUAUCAAGGAAGACAGUCAAGAGGAUUCGGAUAAAUUUUGUGUUUGCUCUAAUUUAUAAUCUGGUUGGAAUUCCCAUUGCUGCUGGAGUUUUUAUGCCCAUUGGUUUGGUUUUGCAGCCCUGGAUGGGAUCUGCUGCAAUGGCUGCUUCAUCUGUGUCAGUAGUCCUUUCUUCUCUCUUCCUUAAACUUUACAGGAAACCAACUUAUGAGAAUUACGAACUGCGUGCCCGAAGCCAGAUAGGACUGAAAAGUCCUUCAGAAAUCAGCGUUCAUGUUGGAAUAGAUGACACCUCAAGAAAUUCUCCUAAACUGGGUUUGCUGGACCGGAUUGUUAAUUACAGCAGAGCCUCCAUAAACUCACUACUGUCUGAUAAACGGUCCUUAAACAGCAUUGGUACCAGUGAACCUGACAAGCACUCACUCCUGGUGGGAGACUGCAGGGAAGAUGACGACACUGCAUUGUAAAAGGCCACAAAGAGUGCUACUAGCUGGUGUUGUCAUGUGCUGAUACAGCAUUCAUGAUGUCACCUUAGCUUUUCAAAAUAUUGCGGGAGAAUGUUAUGUUGGUCUCACGCUCUUACAUUAGGGAUUCUAUUUGAAUUGCAUUUGUCUAAGGGCAAAAAUAUCUUUUUCAGGGCAUCAACUCUGAAUCUAGCUUUACUUAAAAUGAAUUUCCAGUAUUUUUUUUUCUCUAGCAACAGAUAAAGUAGACUGGUGAGGUUUACAACAAGCCCUACAAUUGAAGAUUGCCGAAUUACUGCUGAAGUGAUAGGUAAUUUUUUAUUUGACAAAAAAAAAAAAAGCUCAAGAAAAAGAUAAUUAAAAAUUUGAAGCUCUGGGAGCAUGAUCUUGAGGAGAUUGUUGAGCCCUCAUCCCUGCCAGAUUGGGGAGCAGUGGCUUUCAAAGCACUGUAUAAAGCAUCUAGUGUUAGAAGGAAAACAGUAGAAACUGUUUAAAAAUAGAUGUGCCUUAUUUAUUAUGGGCUUUCUUCCUCCCUUAUUAUCCCUGUGUCUUUGUCUUUGCAGUUGGUUUCUUAGAUGCCCCAGUAUAUUUUCCUUUGUUAUCUUCUUUUGAGUGAGCUAGGCGUAGGUGGUUUUUAAUUGAUAAAAAUAACUGACAGCUUUUCCAAUAUCUUGUCCCUUUUUUUAUCUUGUAGCUCAAAAGACCUUAAAGCGUCCAUAGGGUUCCCUGCUUCCCGUCUUUCCAUUGUUGUAAAAAAUAUAUCAGAUUCUUCCUUCAAUGACUCCGUAGCUCUGUGCAAGCUUUCAGUUCACUCCUGCUGAGUUCAGCUAUAAGUUGUUCUUAGUGUAGUCUGUCCAUUGGCCUCAGUCCAGAAACUUAAGAUUUUGAGCCUCUUCUGCAAUUGACUUUUUCAAAAGUUAACUCUGCUAUCUUUAACAUAUAUGGGCCAUAUAAAAUUACCUAGAUUCACUAAAUUUGUCCUUUAUUGGAGAGAAUACAAGACCUUAGCUGGUAUACAUAAUUUAGUAGAUUUUAAUUAUCUUUUUGUGUUUUAGAUAACCUCUCAAAAUGACUUUGAAAUAAUGCUAUUACACAAAGCUGAUUUUACCGAAAAAUACAAGUUGUAAUAUAGAAAUGAGAAUUUCCCUAGUUGUGAUACCUUUUAGCCAAAUUUGUACUUUUCUCUAGUCUAAAACAUUUUCACUUGCUAGUUAGUGUGGUUGGCAAAUUCAGGGGCUUGUUCUCAUUGCUAUAGAAAUUUAGAAAUUCCCCUGUGAGUGCCUGGGAGUUAAUAGACUGGUCAGUGAUCUGGUAUUUGUAUCACUAUUUAAAUUUCCUUCUUAAUUGCAAGCUGGAUUUCAUAUACAGAGUAUGUAAGUGAAGAGAACUCACAAAUUCCUGAAUAUUUUGUUCCCAUUGCCAUAUGGAAAGCUGCUAGCACAAUGCCUAGCACAUAGGAUUUGUACUCAGUUAAUGUUGGUUCUUUUCUCCCCUUGAAGUCAGUAAUAAAUAUUAAAAAGCAUUUUUAUAGGGCAGACUCUAAAAUCAGGUGGGGGUGGGGGAUGGGUUUCUUCCUCUCCUACUUACUUUCUCUCUUAUCCUUUCAUACACACACAAAAAACUUUACAAUGUUAUUCCUUGUUGUCUUUUCGGAUGUGGAAAAGAUCUCAUUUUUAUCUCAUCUAAAAGAGAGAACUGAAACUUUUGAUGAAGGUGCUAUUAAUCUAGAAAGGCAAACCCAUUUUAAUGAAAUAUGAAUGAGUUUGUAUGUCCAGGCUCUUUUUUAGACCAAUGCCUAUGCCACCUUCCAUGCUUCUGUUUGGAAUUCUAAUAUUUGUUUCUUAUUUUAAAUUCCAGUGUCCCAUCAUACCAACUUGUUUCUUCUAGAAGAAACAGCUAAUAUGACUACUUUUAUUAUUAUGCAUGUGUUUGAGUCGUCCUCUUGGCCCCACAUGCCAUGGGACCCACGUGUUAUAGGACAGUGAGAACAGCAGCCUAUAGUCUGGGAAAAAUCAAGGAUAUAAUUUCAGCCCUUACUACCAGAACAGAAAACAUACUGUUUAGAAAAAAUCCUGGUUUAAAUAUCUGCAGCCAUCUUUGAAUUCUCUACCAUAAGUCUCUUUUGUAAUCCUGAACUCCUGUUAGCUUCACAGAGCAACUGUAUUCACAAAAGAGAGAGGUGAUGUUUGGAAAACAUUGCUUUCAAGUUAGUAACUAGCUUUAAGUCACUAGUUAUCAGUGAGAACAAAUUUUAUAAAUGUGUGUAUGUCUAUUCAUAUGCAUACAUAUAUACAUACACAUAUAUAUGUACACACACAUAUUACCAUAUAGUAGGAAAAUGGAUUUAUAUUUGAAUUUGAUAUUUGAAGUUCUUUAUUUGUUGUUCCUUUAUCACUCUUCUGUGUUCACUCAGCAACCAUGCUCUCAGUCUGAAGAUAACAAGGAAGUUUUGAUAUCCAGUGCUGGCUCAGACUCAACUAUGGGGCACGUCUUAUCUUAAAUAUCCAAAGAUGCCUUUUGAACUUCAAAGGUUAAAACACAACUAGAGUAUUUAGUGUUGUAGGCUAAAGGAGUAUGGUUGUUAGUUGUGAAAAUAGAAAUGUUAUUUUUCCCAGUUUAGUAUCAACAUUUUAAAGUGUUAGAUUUGAUGCCUUGUGAACAAAUAAUUUUAUAUUGUGCUUUAACUUUUUAAAAGUUAUUCUUUUUUCAGAUGUAUUCUUUGUUCAGAAUGCUUAAAAUAGUACUAUAGACAAGAUGUUUCCAAAAAUUUGUGUGCAUAUCUUUUAUGUACACAGCUUAAAAUCAAGAAUGUAUGUUCUUAGAGAAUUUUUUUCCAUUACUUGUGGAUCUUGCUUUAAAAUUAUUUUCCUUAAUAUUUAUUUUACUCUAUUUUGUUAUUUUCUUUGGGUGAGGCAUCUGGUUACUGGUUAUUUUAAUAAGAAUGAAAACAUUCCUGGAAUCAUUCCCUUGGGAUUUUUUAUUUGUUUAUUUCUUUUCUAUAUUUAAAAAAAUAUUGUUUUAUCAAAUAUAAAAAUAUAGAUUCGUGCCAAAUUAUUAGCUAUUUUUACACUAACUUUCUGUAGUCCCUCUGAAAGUUUAUCUGGUAUGAGUAACCAGAUAAAGACAAAAGCAUGAAUUCUUGUUCUUCAAUUAAAAGAGCUUCGGUAAUGGCAUUGAUAAUAAAUGCCUUUUGUAGCCAAAACCAGGCGUCUCAACCUUAUGUUUUAAGUUAAAGAAAUGUUUAAGCAUUGUUAAACAUUGAUUGUUUGGUACCCAAAACAGCAGUGGACAGUGUUGUGCAAUAAUCAUCUACUAUAGUCGAGAUAUUCAGUGGUUUGUUUUUCCAUAAGCAUGUAAUUGAUCAUAUUUCUGCCAAGGAUGUGCCUUCAACUUUAUAAUUAUAGUAUUGUAAAAAAAAUGUUUUUUGUCAGUGUCUCUUUUCUUAAAUCAUCUAACUCUUCUACCAGCAGUUCCAAACUACUCUGUGUUUUUAGGGGUUUUUUUUGACCAUUCAUCAACGAUGGGGCGGGGUUGGAGGCAGCACCAUGCAAUUGCUAAGAGUGGGAAGGAAGAAAUCUGUAUUCCUUCAGACUCCACUCCACCUGCUGUAUCAUUUAGUGAGGAUGAGAAACAAAGAAAGGAAUAUAAUUGUCCUUCUUGCCUUUGUAGUCUCUUAACACAUUCUUGAUAGAUUGUCUACACCAAAUGUUAGCUAAACGGAGACAACAGCUUUUCUUGCAUUUGGGGAGCCCUAUACAAUGUGUUCGAGGAUCCCACCCAAAAUACAUUCCCAUACCAAAAACUUCUUUGAGUUAAGGAAAGGGUUUUAAACUUAUUUGUAAGGAAAAACUAAUUUUCAUCCUCCUCACCCCCCCACCGCCGCAAAUCCUUGGGAUUUUUCUGGGUGAUGAGAUAGGAUGGGAAAUGGAAACAUAAGAGUAAAAUCCCUGAGGCAUCCACUUAGCUGGCCAGCCUCCCUUUCCUC